AUGGUCUUUAUUUAUCAUUUACCGCAUGUUCAUUUAUGGCAUCACAGUUUUAAAAUUUUUCAUAUUGCACUAUCCUUGUGCCAUGGCCAUUUACUUACAAAAAUCAGAGGCAGAAAAUUGAAAAGAAAAACGCCAACGAUACUCUCUGUUAAUGUUUAG